CAAAUAGAUAACAAAAAGUCCUUGAACUCGCGAAAAUCUAAAUGUAUAAGGAAAGUAAUGCCUUCUGCUUCAUGUAUAUGAAUUUAUAUACAAUACCGUGGACAUGCGUAUUGGCCGUCUAUACGAAACGAAGCGCGAAGCUUCUUCACUACAAUCAGUGCCGCGAGUGAUAAUGUGUCUUAAAUUGUUAAGGGGAAGGUCGAUAGUCGGGUUGUGUGAGGGUUGAGCAAGCGCGUUAUGUUGGGCGGAGGCAUCGAGUCGCAGCUUAUUCAGUUGAAACCUCGCCGCGCAAGGGGCAGUGUCGCGUCCGUGCUUCGCUGUGUAGAUAACCACUGAGCCACUUUCGAGAUGCCACUUCUCAAGUCAUCCACGGAAACCAUUCAAUAGAAUGCCGAGGGCCGAAAAUCUUUUUUUCUUUCAAGCCAGAUAAUUUAAACCUUAAAAAGGCCAUAACAUAAAUCUUGAAAGUGACAACCCUAAAUCAAAAUUCAGUGUUAACGUCAAUGACAUCACUAGUGUAGUGAUUGACAAUGCAACUCACAGUGAAAAGGUAAACCCAGAAAGGGAGUUUGGUGGCAUCAAUGCGGCAUUGCGCUCAGCACCGGAGCAUGCUCGGUCGACGCCAGCGCGCGCCGUUUAGUCCGACUAGGUGAUGCUGCGACAUAACGCUGUCGAUGAUAGUCUGCUUUGUCGCUGAGCUUACAUCGUUUCAGCUGCGGAAGCCGGUGUCGACGCUCUCGAUCCCCGGCGCGAUGAAGGCGUACUCCGGCGGGCGGGACGCGUCCACCGAGGAGGCUGGGGUGGCGCUCGUUGGCGUGCACAGCGAGUACCCACGCUUCGGCGAGGAGCGGGCGCUCGGCGGCGGCACCUACAAGGGCGGGGGGGCGGCUAAGCACAAACCUAACAUAGGAUAUAGAUUAGGUAGGCGAAAGGCGUUAUUCGAAAAGCGAAAACGAAUAAGUGACUACGCGCUAGUGAUGGGGAUGUUCGGUAUUAUAAUUAUGGUUAUAGAAAAUGAACUCUCAAGUGCCGGUGUUUAUACAAAGGCAUCAAUAUAUUCGCAGGCGUUAAAGACGCUUAUAUCAAUGUCAACUGUGAUCUUACUUGGCCUAAUCGUCGCGUAUCACGCUUUAGAAGUACAGUUAUUUAUGAUAGACAACUGCGCUGACGACUGGCGAAUAGCUAUGACGUGGCAGCGGAUAGCGCAGAUUGCACUAGAACUAGCCAUUUGUGCCGUCCACCCGAUCCCGGGGCAGUACACCUUCACUUGGACGACGAAACUGGCCAACAAAGGAGGCGUUAUAGGCGUUGAAGUUGGCACAAUGUAUAAGCAAAUUCAGGUACCGUACGACGUGACACUGUCGCUGCCUAUGUUCUUUCGGCUAUAUCUUAUAUGCAGGGUCAUGCUUCUUCAUAGUAAAUUAUUUACGGAUGCUUCGUCGCGAAGUAUAGGAGCCUUAAACAGAAUUAAUUUUAACACAAGGUUUGUCUUGAAGACACUUAUGACCAUUUGCCCCGGAACGGUGUUACUAGUUUUUAUGGUUUCCCUUUGGAUAAUUGCAAGCUGGACAUUAAGACAAUGUGAAAGGUUUCACGACGAAGAACACGCUAAUCUACUGAAUGCAAUGUGGCUUAUUGCAAUUACGUUUCUCUCCGUCGGUUUUGGUGACAUUGUCCCAAACACGUAUUGCGGCAGAGGUAUUGCUGUUAGCACCGGCAUUAUGGGGGCUGGAUGUACAGCAUUAUUAGUGACCGUUGCUUCAAGAAAGUUAGAGUUAACUAGAGCGGAGAAACAUGUGCAUAACUUCAUGAUGGAAACGCAACUAACAAAAAAGUUAAAAAACGCAGCAGCCAACGUGCUACGUGAAACGUGGUUAAUAUAUAAACACACAAGACUGGUCAAAAGAGUUCAUCCGGGUCGAGUCCGAACUCACCAGAGGAAGUUCUUGUUAGCCAUAUAUGCAUUACGAAAAGUUAAAAUGGAUCAAAGAAAGUUAAUGGAUAAUGCCAACACAAUAACUGACAUGGCAAAGACCCAAAAUACUGUUUAUGAAAUAGUAUCCGAUAUGAGUACCAGGCAAGAUAGUAUAGAAGAGAGACUAACCAGUUUAGAAGAAAAACUUACCGCCUUACAGGAACAAGUAAAUAGCCUACCAGAUGUGGUGGCCAGGUGCUUGCAGCAGUGCUGGGAGCGGGCAGAGUCUCGCAAAAACUACCUGCAUCCAGACACUGCUGCGGCACCUACCCCACCCGCUAGCGUCAUAACCCCACACGCCAGAACAUUAACGACAGCAACACACCCCUGGCCUCCGAGCCCAACCUUGGCGGGGGUCAGGACCCACUCAGCCCCGGAGAGCACCGUGGCCCACUCCCCCGCGCCGACCAGCCCAGCGACUCACGGAGCCCGGCCUCCGCUACCCAGCUGAGUACCGCCUUCCAACUCCGAACUGUUGUGCUGAACUCGUCAAAACUCGGCGCCCCUCCUCUGAUCCCCCUUAAUAUAACUACGACCAGAUAAUGGCGAAAGAAAGAUAUCGUGGACCUCGAAAAUAGCAUGACUUUAUUGUGCUGCUCUUUUGGUGCUAAAUUAUCUUUUUCACCCAGAUCUCAGAUAUCAGCACUUAAGCAUGUUUACUUUCUUAGUGAUCUGAAUUAUAUCAAACACUUAAGAAAAGUAACGUUAGAAAACAGCAUAUGAACUCGCACAUUAGAAAAUUAUUAAAGAUAAAACUUAACAAUAAUACUAAGACGGGAGAUUCCUUACAAAAAAAUAAUUCAGGUCUAUUGAUAUCAUUCUAUCGCCAAUGGACCACGCCUCGGAGCGAGAAUAGGUCUGCCGUAGUUUUUCGCUGUUCCCAAAAAGUUUCGGAUGUGUGGGACUGUUUUCUAAUAGGUAUUGCUUAGAUAGUGAAAAGAAAUUAGCCAGAAAGGACUUGCUGUUGUGAUUAUACAAAAAUGCUUUAUCGAUACGCGCUUUAGAGUACGUUAGAAUAUAUUUUGAAUACAUUAUCAAGAUAGAUAUAGGUUAGUUUACUUACCAACACGUCUGUUCACGUUUUAUCCUUUGUUUCAAGAACCAAUUCACACUGUAUUGUCUGCAUCAUUUUUUUUGUAAAUAGGUUAAUGAAUCUGGCUUGCAAAAUUUAACUCUUUAUUAAUUUCCAUAAUAAGAUUUAUUUAUUUUAUAUAAAACAUAUAACCAAGUAACCGUUCUUUCCACUAUUUUUGAGCAGUUUAUUUUUAAUUAAGACAAAAAGGUUUUUAUAUACACUAUGAAAAUGUUGGAAGACAACAAAAUAAAUUUGAAAACAGCUACAUAGUAUAAUACAAAAUGAAUGACCUUACAAAGGAUUAGUAAUAACAAAUACGAAAUAUCAGUGGUAAAGUGAAUUUUCAUAACCUUAUACUGUGCAAGUGAAAUAAGCCUCCAGGAUCAAAUUCAUAACCUGUACCUGAGCCUCCAGGAUAAAAAAAAUAUCGACUUGGGUAGUCGUUUUAUUCAUUUCUUAGAACUGAUAAUUUAACAUCAUUAAAUAUAUCAGUUUUAUAAAUAACUUUUAUUUGGAAAAGCUAGAACGUGUAUAUAAAAUCCUUUUUGCAAAGUUUUUUUUUACAAAUCAUUUGUAUUAAUCAAGAAACAAGUGCCUAUUUGUGUCUUGUCACAUUGAAAUUAAGGCAUAAAAAGUUACGUGUUUCAACUUGCUGGAAAAUAAAUAUGGUUAAAAUGUCAAAUAUUGUUUGAGUUACAACAGGGCCCGAUUCGGAUUUUGAAAUAGACAUCAAUUAGAUAUAUUUUAGACAUCACCAAGAUACGAUAACGAUAUGUUUAAGAUCUAACCUGUCAAAUUUGACAUUUGCGCGAUGCUGUAGAUACUCUUGAACGAUUUCCACAGGAUAUGACUUAGAGAUCCAAUUCACAUCUAAUAGAUAUCUUACUCUAUCUAACGUAAAAGAGACAUUGGUUGCCCGAAUUGCGCUGCAAAAGAGAACUAGUUGAUAUCUAAACUAUAACGUAUCUAGGAUGGAUCUAGUACAUGUCGUCUCUUGUGAAUAUCUUGAAGUUCGAAUACGGCAGACAGUCUAAUUCUAAUUUUAAUAUACCUACCUCAAAAAUUAGAUCCGAUCGAUAUCGUAACUAGAUCAAAUUUUCAAGGUAUAUUAAAAUUAGAAUUAGGCGUUACUCUGACUCGUCUGUCAUGUUGAGAUAUCGUACAAUUAAGUUUCUUGCAUUAUGUACAAGUAUGUCAUUUAGAGGAAAAUAUAGUUCAUAGAGAUUUUAAUGUACACUCGGACUUAAAUAAGAUACAUAAUGGCCAGUUAUUUCUAAAAAUUGGUUUUAGUUCCUAUGAGAGUAUUUAUUUAUAAUAAUUUAAGAUAAAGGUGUUGUGAACCUGCUUUUUUCACAAAGUUGUAUUAUGUUAUGUGUACCCAAUGUUAAUUACUAACCUCCAGAAACAGUACAUAGCGACUAUUUUUUUAAAGACCGACAUUUUUUCCUAAGUUCAAGAAAAAAUAUUUACAUUUAAUAAGUACUGAAAAAAUAAAAUUACUUUGUUUAAAGAGCAGAUUAGAACACCGAUAUAGAUAGCCCGCUCCACACUCGUGCGCGAAUCGCGACGCGAAGCCGCGAACGCG